AUACCGUCCACGAGCAGAGCACCUCAUCGGUGAGCUAGGCAGCUAGAGCUAGCUCGACCCUCGGCCGAAACAAUGGGGAUCUCACUGCUCCACACGCAGUGGCACCUAUUCGCCCAGCUGCCCCAGCAAUGGCAGCUCCUCCUCCUUCUCGCUGGCCUCCUCCUCCCCGUCGUCUCGUACCCGCUGCUGAUAACGAGGGGCAAUGUUGAGGGAGGACGGCUGAGGCUGCCGCCCGGCCCUGCGCGGGUGCCGGUGCUCGGCAACCUGCACCAGCUGGGCCCGCUGCCGCACCGCAGCCUGCGCGACCUGGCCCAGCGGCACGGCCCCGUCAUGCUGCUCCGCCUCGGCACCGUGCCGACGCUGGUGGUCUCGUCUGCUGCUGCGGCGCGCGACGUGAUGAAAGCGCACGACGCCGACUGCUGCAGCCGAUUCGCGUCUCCAGGCCCCGCGCGGCUCUCCUACGACGGCAAGAGCAUCGCCUCCUCGCCCUACGGCCCCUACUGGCAGGACAUGUGCAGGCUCUUCGUCGCCGAGCUCUUCGGCCCGCGGGGCGUCCGCUCCGUAUGGGACGCGCGUCGGCAGCAGGUUGACAGGCUCAUGGCCACCCUGGGCACGGCGGCAGCGACGGCGGCUCCGGUGGCGAUGGACCAACACGUGUUCCGCGUCGCCGACGGCAUCAUCGGCACCGUGGCGUACGGGCGCAUCUACGCCGCGGAGGCGUUCGCGCGCAAGUACGAGCAGUUCCAGCACGUGCUCGAGGAGGCCAUGGCCAUGUCGGCCAGCUUCUCGGCCGAAGACUUCUUCCCCAACGCCGCCGGCCGCCUCGUCGACCGGCUCGCCGGCAUCAUCGCGCGGCGAGAGAGAAUCUUUAGGGACCUCGACGCCUUCUUCGAGGCGGUGCUGGAGCAGCACCUGGACCCCGCGCGCCCCAAGCCAGAGAGCGGCGACGGCGACCUGGUAGACGCCUUCGUCAGCGCCUGUGAGGAGCACGGCUUCACGAGGGACCACGUGAAGGCCAUGCUCCGGUGGCACAAGAUGAGAUCAGGGCCGCGGUGGCCGCCAGCGAUGUUUCGCCGCCGGACUCGGGGUUGCCGGUCCAGCCGGACGACCUGCCCAAGCUAACCUACCUGAAGAUGGUCGUCAAAGAGACCA